UCGAAAUCAAAUUGCGAUUUCACAAUGCUUGAAAAGACAGCACCUGGUGAAAAUCCGCGAUCAAAGGAGGAUUAUUUGAUCUCACGAGCUAAGGAAGCAUUGCCACAUGAUAUGUACGCUGCAAAGUCCUGGUUGAUCACUGCGAAGUCGUUGUUUCCACAUAGUUUUAAAGUACAGUUUGAAGCUUAUCACAUUGAAAAGCUUUCCAAAAACGUGAAGGAGGCCGCAAAGUGUUUUAGCGAAAUAUUUCAGAAUUUUCCGGAUGACCAUGAAAUAUGGAAGGAAAUCGAAAACAUCACGUCGUGCUUACGUUCAGAGCAGUGCAAUUCGGAAGGAGAAUUUUUAUGUCAAAUGUUUCAGCAUAUACCGCAGGAUCUUCAACAUCGUUUGCUCAUAAUGACCGCAGAUCACAGCGAGGAUACAAUGGAACAUUGCAAGUUAUUACUUUUGCUCCUGCAUCGAUUUCCUCAAACUGUUUCGACUCAUGGACCUCGCUUAGUAGAAACCCUGUUAACGGCAGAGAAACAUAGUCAUCCCGGUCAUGCCGUUAAUGGAUUUAGACGUCUGUUAGCUUGCGAUGCGCUGCCUCUUCUCGGUGCUGCUCCAGUUGACUUGAAUCCAAAAUUGAGCUUAAGAUUACUAUGCAAAGCAGUGGAAUUCUACUUAGCCUACAUAGAACAGCCGCAAGACUUUCAAAUCCAGCAGCCAUGGGAUAAAUUAUUUCAAGUACUAGAAUUAAUUGGGAAGAAAUUAAACUGGGAGUUGAGUAGUUUAUUUUCUCUCCCAUGGAGUAGGGAAACGUACAGCGAAAGGUUACAACAGUACGCAGCAUCUCAUAUAACAGGAAAUUGUGAUGAGAAUUUAAUACGUCAACUUUCUACAUGUAUUAUUGUGGUAUUUCUGAGGAUACUGCACGAUCAUACAGGAUUCGUCAAUUCAGGAGACGUAACUUACUGUCUUGUUGAAGCGUUUAUCGAACCUGUUGUUUCCACUGCUGAACCAAAUCCUAAAAAGCGAAAAAGAGAAGAUGCCAUCGGAACAGUUUUAACCAGUGACGGAGAGUACGGUGGCAAUGGAUUAGCUCUUUCCAUCGAACUAUGGGACAUAUUGCAUUCGAAUGCACAUUUGAAAAGAGAGCUCAUAAAACUUAGCAAACAAUUACGGCUAGAUCCCUGGCUGUAUCCUUUUUUAACAGACUUAGCUGUAUACAAAUGUAUGUACCACCAUUUAUUACCAAGACUUCAGCAAGAAGAAGACAAUUUAUGCAAAAACCUACGCCUGGCCAGCACAUGUUUCUUCCUCAAAGAUUACAAGACUAUGUUAGAUUGUAUAGUGGCAAUAGCCAGUAACCUGCCUUCGACUCGUGGGAAAGUUUCCACUACGUUGACCGUACCAGCUGUUCGACACGUACAUUUCCUAGCCCUUACCAAGUACUCCGUUUUGCAAUAUUGCUGCAGAUUAUUAUUAUCAGCAAUAAAGAAUUUACUUCAGGAUAAUUUCUCAUUAACUGGGGGAACCGGAGACUUGGCUUUGGGACAUGCACUCGUAUUAAUGCAAAUUGACUGGCCACAAGAGGCAGCGACUUUGUCGACAAUAACAGAACGAAUUAUCAGUCGAGGAGCUUUUGGAUAUCCCCUUUUCCAAAGUUAUAUCAUCUGUGUGGAUAUUUUGGAAGAAUUGACAUAUCUGUGGACGGAACAUGGCGGAGGAGUGUCCUUAGACAUAGCCCCUGGUUCUGGUUUGUUGCAAAAUCGACGAAUCGCAACAAGAGGUGCUGACAAAGGAGUGCGAGAAGAAGUGAAACAAGCCAUGAGACGUCAAGCUGCCAGAGAUGGAAUCGACCCCUUAGAAGAACUCCUUCAAAAGUUCAUAAUCAACGAGAAGGCAUCUAUUUUGCAUAGUUUAGUUGUUUCCUAAAUGCCGGAAAAUUUAUCCAGUACAACCGUUCAAAAUCAGUGAUUACGUAGAAGUAUGUAUUGCAAAGCAGCAUUGCUUUCGAGCGAAGC